AUGAACCCUGUGGGCAAUAAAAUCGCGUCCCAACAAAGAAACUUUAACUUCCAAAAGCAAAAAUUCUCUAUAGUCGCGCUCCCCGCCUUGCGAGCUCGACUCAUUUCACUCGGGCAGAGCGCCCCCGCUCCUCGGCUACGCAAAGCCGAAUCCCGCCCUCAAAUCGCGUACAAGCAACAUGUAAUCUGCUCCUCGCCUGACCACAAAGGUCGAGAGACCGAGAACAUAAAAACCAUGACCUGCACCAUGGCAUCAGACACACGAACAUACCCGCUUCGACAACCCGCAAAGCACAACCCACCACCACGACUACACCUCGUCUUCCCAGAGACACAGAAGCAAGUCUUCACAGCUUACAUCGGGAUCCAACUGCACAGCCAAACAUGCAAAAAUACCAAGGAGGCCUUGUCCCUCCUCUCAGAACCCAGAUCGGACAUUCAAACCUGGCUUGCCAAGUCCACCCCAAUCUCAACAGAGCAGUUCUUCGUCUUAGACGACAUGCCAAACCAUAGACAGACUUCCAUCCCAACCCAGGCUCAAGCUCAAGAUUCAAGCCCCAUCCAGAAAUCCACCACCCUAAUCUGGGCCUGCUACUGGUCAACCCAAGACUCCUACCAAAAGGCAGUCUCAGACUUGAAUCUUUCCUCGCUGCAUACCUCCCUACCCGAAUCCCUGCGCCCAUCCAUCGGAUUCUGGGCAGAAUGUUUUAUCUCGGACAUUUCUCGCCUGGAAACAGUCUACUCGGCAACGGAUUAUAUGCCCGGUCUCGCGCGUUUACCAGGAACAUCCACGACAAAGCAUCUGCACACGGGAUACUGGGGAGCAGCACGGGAUCGGAUCCCAGGGUCUGGGGAGGAUCUUUUUACUGGGGAUGGAGCAGUGCGUAAUGAUGGAAACGGAGAAUCUGCAGCAGCUGCGGAAGAAGGGGAAGAGAAGAUGUUAAUUUCCAAUCUUCUCUGA